AUGUCGGAUUCACAACAAUCAAUAACUGUAUUGGAAGAGCUUUUCCGAAAGUUGGAGGUCGCCACAUCUGAAACAAGAGAUGGUAUUUCUUCAGAGCUUUCCUCGUUUUUGAACGGUAACAUUAUUGAGCAUGAUGUUCCAGAAGCUUUUUUUGAUGAAUUUCAGAAAGCUAUUCAAAAUAAACAAAAGGCGCUUAACACGUUGGGCGCCAUUGUUUAUAUAGCCAACGAAACUAACUUGUCUCCCUCUGUUGAGCCAUACAUAGUAGCCACGGUUCCCUCCGUAUGCACUAAAGCAGGUAGUAAAGACAAUGACGUCCAACUCGUCGCCACUAAGGCACUGAAAGCCAUUGCUAGCGCUGUUAAUCCGGCUGCCGUUAAGGCAUUCUUGUCGCAUCUGAUUCAUGCCCUGGAAACUACUAGCAGGUGGAAAGAAAAAGUUGCUGUUCUUGAGGUAAUUUCGACGUUGGUAGAUGCCGCGAAAGAGCAGAUUGCCCUAAGAAUGCCAGAAUUAAUUCCAGUUCUUUCUGAAUCGAUGUGGGACACCAAGAAAGAAGUCAAAGACGCUGCUACGGCGACCAUAACAAAGGCCACUGAGACUGUUGAUAACAAAGAUAUUGAAAGAUUCAUUCCGAAAUUGAUUGAGUGUAUUGCUGAUCCAAAUGAAGUACCUGAAACAGUUCAUCUUUUGGGUGCAACUACUUUCGUUGCAGAAGUGACUCCGGCCACUUUGUCUAUUAUGGUUCCUUUGCUGGGCAGAGGUUUAGCUGAGAGAGAAACUUCUAUAAAACGUAAAUCUGCCGUUAUCAUUGAUAAUAUGUGCAAAUUGGUUGAAGAUCCUCAAAUCGUUGCCCCUUUCUUAGGGAAACUACUACCAGUGUUAAAAGGCAAUUUUGCUACCAUUGCUGAUCCUGAAGCACGUGAAGUUACACUGAGGGCUUUGAAGACCUUGAGACGCGUGGGUAAUGUUGGUGAAGAUGAUGUAUUACCAGAAAUAUCGCAUGCUGGUGAUGUUUCCACAACACUAGGCGUCAUUAUGGGAUUACUUGAGGCUGAAAAAGUCGCCCCCAGGUUUACCAUCGUCAUUGAAUAUAUAGCCGCCAUUGCUGCAAAUUUGAUUGAUGAAAGAAUUAUUGAUCAGCAGACUUGGUUCACUCAUGUUACACCUUAUAUGACUAUUUUUCUGCAUGAGAAAACGGCGAAGGAAAUACUAGAUGAUUUCAGGAAGAGGGCUGUGGAUAACAUUCCAGUAGGGCCAAACUUCCAGGAUGAAGAAGAUGAAGGCGAAGAUUUAUGUAACUGUGAAUUUUCUCUGGCAUACGGUGCCAAAAUUUUACUAAACAAAACUCAAUUGAGGUUGAAGAGUGGCAGAAGAUAUGGUCUAUGUGGGCCCAAUGGUGCGGGAAAAUCCACUCUAAUGCGCUCCAUUGCUAAUGGCCAAGUUGACGGUUUCCCCACUCAAGAUGAAUGUCGCACCGUUUAUGUGGAACACGAUAUCGAUAAUACGCAUUCAGAAAUGUCCGUUCUAGAUUUUGUUCGUGCCGGUAACAUAGGGUCUAAGGAUACUAUCACUUCGAAAUUAAAAGAGUUUGGUUUCAGCGAUGAAAUGAUAGAAAUGCCAAUUGCGUCUUUAUCUGGAGGUUGGAAAAUGAAAUUAGCUCUGGCAAGAGCUGUGUUGAAAAAUGCCGACAUUUUACUACUGGAUGAGCCGACGAAUCAUCUGGACGCUGUUAAUGUGCAAUGGUUGGUUAAUUACUUAAAUAAUUGCGGUAUUACAUCAGUGGUCGUUUCUCAUGACUCCAAUUUCUUAGACGAAGUCUGUCAAUACAUCAUUCAUUAUGAAGGUCUUAAAUUAAGAAAGUACAAGGGUAAUUUAUCAGAAUUUGUUCAAAAAUGUCCCACAGCACAAUCAUAUUAUGAGUUGAAUGCCUCUGACUUAGAAUUUCAAUUCCCAACUCCCGGUUAUCUAGAAGGUGUCAAAACAAAACAAAAGGCAAUUGUCAAAGUGAACAAUAUGACCUUCCAAUAUCCGGAGACAACUAAACCGCAAGUCUCAGAUGUCACUUUUCAGUGUUCUUUAUCUUCUAGAAUUGCAGUCAUUGGACCUAAUGGGGCUGGUAAGUCUACUUUAAUUAACGUUCUCACUGGUGAACUGUUGCCAACUAGCGGUGAAGUAUAUACGCAUGAAAAUUGUCGUAUCGCUUACAUUAAGCAACAUGCCUUUGCUCAUAUUGAAUCACACCUGGACAAGACCCCAUCCGAAUAUAUUCAAUGGAGAUUCCAAACCGGUGAAGAUAGAGAAACCAUGGAUAGAGCCAAUAGGCAAAUAAAUGAAAAUGAUGCGGAAUCUAUGAACAAGAUCUUCAAAAUCGAAGGGACACCAAGAAGAAUUGCCGCAAUUCAUUCGAGAAGAAAAUUCAAGAACACGUACGAAUACGAAUGCUCCUUUUUUCUUGGUGAAAACAUUGGUAUGAAAUCUGAAAGAUGGGUUCCAAUGAUGUCCGUCGACAACGCUUGGUUACCACGAGGUGAACUGGUUGAAUCUCACUCUAAAAUGGUUGCUGAAGUUGAUAUGAAAGAAGCUCUGGCUUCUGGUCAAUUUAGAGCCUUAACGAGAAAGGAAAUUGAGUCACAUUGUGCAAUGUUAGGCUUGGACGCUGAGCUGGUUUCACAUUCAAGGAUUAGAGGUUUGUCGGGUGGACAAAAGGUCAAAUUAGUACUCGCUGCCUGCACAUGGCAGAGACCACAUUUGAUUGUUUUAGAUGAACCUACCAAUUAUCUGGACAGAGACUCAUUGAGUGCUCUGUCGAAGGCUCUAAAAGCCUUCGAAGGUGGUGUCAUCAUUAUUACUCAUUCGGUAGAGUUUACCAAGAAUUUAACUGACGAAGUUUGGGCAGUUAAGGAUGGUAAGAUGACGCCUUCUGGUCAUAAUUGGGUCGCGGGACAAGGCGUCGGUCCAAGAAUUGAAAAAAAAGACGAUGAAGGUGAUAAAUUCGAUGCAAUGGGCAACAAAAUUAGUAGUGGAAAGAAAAAAAACAAGCUCUCUUCUGCAGAAUUGAGAAAGAAAAAGAAGGAAAGGAUGAAGAAGAAGAAAGAAAUGGGUGAUGAAUACGUGUCAUCCGAUGAAGAUGUGUAA